CUGUUUGGCAGUUUGCAGGGCCCCUUUGGCGCAGCGUCCACGCGUUCACACCGGCCACCCAACCGCUGUGUACGACAGAGGAAGCUUCGCGCAUUGGGCUGAACGCGUGUGAACUCGUCAUUGCCGCACACUGCGCAGUUGCGACGCCUUGGGAUUGCUAUAUAGCUCCUUGCAGGCCACUGCUGCUGGCCAAUAGCGACGGCAAGCAACUUGGGCAGCUUAAACAGCUACGCAUUCCUAUUUCUGUAUUCAAGUCUCCUUUCAGCCUUCACAUCAGGACAUCCGUUAACUCUACACAUAUUGACUAUAAAGAAGUCCUGUCGUUGCCUUGCUCCUCUUAGACCGUGUCGAGACAUCAUCCACGAUGUCUGCGCCACACACCCGGCAAGCACGGACCAGCAAGCCGGCCGCGGCAUUCGCGCUGCCUGUACUGGUCACCUUCCUAGCACUCACCACAGCCGCGAGAGCGGCACUGCCCAACUGCGCGCCAGCUGCGUCUUCGGGCUGGGGUAGCAGCUAUCAGGGGCGAGGGACGCUCAACAUGCCACCCAAUGUCUGGGUCGAUCACGUCGGUAGCCGGCCCCCCGGUCCGCUGACUGUGGUCAACGACAUUAUGUAUGUCAAGGUGCGCAGCCACCACCUGCCCGGCUGGGGCGCGGCGGGCCUUCAAGUCCUCAACAUCUCCUCCGGCACCUGGCUAGGCACGCUGUGGCCUCCAACAUACAAUUCAAUGCUCACCGUACACUACGCGACGCCAUCCGUCGUGUUGCGUGUGUUGGAGGCCGAGGGCCCCCGGAACCGCCACGCUGCUUUCUUCUCCACCCGCGCUGGCAACGGCAGCACGCUCCUUCACGCCGCCCUGUUCGGCACGACUGCACCAGUCCUUGGCGGCAUUAUAACAAACAACAACGGCUCUGACACCUUGAAUGAUGCCCCGGCUGGAAACCCCACGCUUGGCUUCGCCUGGGUCACGGCAAUGCCGCCGGUUGCGGCAGCGAACACAACAAGCACGGGCGAGUUUCUGACAGACCCGGCGUUGUUUGACUCGCUGACGCCCGGCGAACCUCGGCAGCCUGAUCAGCUGGGCUUCCUUGCGUUGACCGGCGGCCGGGCUCUGUACGUGGUCAACGCCACUGACGGCAGCCUGCUGUACAAACAAGAGUUCGGGAGCCGAGUCCUGGGGCCGGGGCCUGGAAACUUCGCAGUGCCGCCGGUCAAUUUCCGCGGCCUGGCUGUGUUCCCCACCGCCAACAACACCCUCCUGGCCUUCAACCUGGCCACCCGCACACUGGCGUGGGAGGCCGCCUUCCCCGUCUCCGCCUUCAGCAGCCUGCAGGUGUCAACAGAGCGGCUGCUUGUGCGGCUGACCAAGCCCUCCACCACACCCGGGUACCCCUACUACUCCGUGUCAGUGGCCGGCGAGGUCCGCGGCUUCGAGAUUGACCCCGCGCUCUCCAGUUUGUCCAGCCCCCGCACCACCAACCCGCUCAGCCCGCUCACACCCGAAGGCAUCCACUUCACAUUCCUGGACGCAAACUGGUCGGCGCCUACUUCGCCCAGCCGGCCGCCGCCGUCGCCCCUCGUUGCCAACGCCCCGUUGCCGCCCACGCCCCCUCCAUCGCCGCCGCCCAACCGGCCGCAGCGCAUCGGUAUGACUGACCUGGUCACACUGGAAUCCCGCAAGCUGACGCUCAACUUCACCAUCCGCUACCCGCCUGUGCCGCCCGCCAUUGCGUACGACAGCUGCCGGCUGGUCGUGUACGGCAACGGUUUCGUGUACGAGCCUGCGGCUGGCGAAGAUUCCAUCUUGACAUCCGUACACGUGAUCGACGUGGCGAGCGGCAAGCUUAUCUGGUCGAAGAACCUGCCGCGCCUGGAUGAAUUCGGAGAUUCUUUCAUACAGCAUCCGUACAUUGAUCCGGUGUCUGGAUCCAUUUACCUUCUCCAGAACGAGAUGCUGUGGAUUUUUGACCCCACGCCAGACAAGCUGCCGCCGCCGCCGCCAUCGCCGCCCAGCCCCCCUCGGCCGCCGGCACCGCCGCCCGCACCGCCCAGCCCCCCAAGUCCGCCCUCACCGCCUCCCAGCCCACCCGCCCCUCCCUCUCCGCCAUCGCCGCCGCCUGAGCCCGACUAUGGUGGUGCCGCCAGCGUUUCUCACGCCAGCGGCCACGUCAUGGCCUUGUCCCUGGUUUUGACGGUCUUGCUGUUGCCACUGGGACUGUUAUGGUAGUCACAUGAACACCCCCAAGACCGUGUGAGUUAGUUGUUUGACUCUUUGCAUGCUACUUUAUUUGCUGGAGGUGGCGGUGAGGCCGCAAGCCAGUGCACGCGUGCGUCCAUGCAUGUUGCAAGAUUGCUGCGGUACGUUAACGUUGUGUGGCCCUCUGUGUGGACUGUGCAAGCAUGUAUAUGAGAAGUCCUGCGGGAGAGCACAUAUUUCUGCGGCGGAUGAAGUGAACACAUUCGCAACGCGCUUGCCCGCGCGUUGCGCCUUGCCCUGCAUUUCUUGAGUGCGCUGUCAUUUAUGAACGUUCAUGUCUAUAGCCUUAGUCAUCAUGUGCAUGUCCAUGCAUAGCAUGCGUCUCCAAACUAAACACUGUCGCAUGCAACUGGCAAAUCCGGGUGUGCGUGUUUGAAACCCACGAACUCAUCGUCAACUACUUGAAUUCGGAACUAUAAGGCUGACGCUGCGACGCAGCUGGGCGGCAUUGUGAUGGCACAGGCCCAGGAGGCGCGCUUUGGCAGGGAGGUGCCGGGCACUACACCGUGCAUGUGGUGGUGCCGGAAAAGGCUUCGUGCUGCAGUGGUUACUCUGAUUGCAAUAGUGCUGCAGUUGUUGUGCCGAGUGCAGUAGUGCUGCAGCCCCGUAACACCGUUGUUGGAUUGGAGCUGGGAACAUUCAUUACGGUAUGCCAGGAGGCUGGGCGCAUCAUCCAGCUAGGUCUGCGCCUCUGAGGUCACUUAGUAAACGGGUCAUGUUCCAUUGGCGUGCGGUGUCAUGCCUGCUGGGUACUUGCUUGUCCCUUCACAAUCCAUCAUUACACACACGGACGCGCCUGCUGUGACUUGGCACAGCAGCCGUGCAUGCAACACCUGAUGCCUUUCUGCAACUGCAAACAUCUUAUGUAAAACAGAGCAUGU